AUGCCUGCUCGUGGCUACCCCCGCAGCAGCUCUCCUGUUUGCAGUGGCUGUGGGGUAUUAUGCCCAGCUAGUUGCCACCUUCCACCUCCCAUCAAGCCCACUCCCACCCAAUCAUCCCUUCCCUUCCCUUCCCUUCCCUUCCUCCCUGACUCUCUUUUCUUGCUACAGGCUUGUCUCCUGGUGGCGACCCCCUCAGCGGCGCUCCUGUUUUCAGUGGCUGUGGGAUACGAUGCCCAGCUGAUCGCCACCUUCCACCUCCCAUCCCACCUACUCCUACCCAAUCAAUCAUCCCUUCCCUUCCCUUCCUUCCUCCCUGAAUCUCUUUUCUUGCUGCAGGCUCGUCUGCUCGUGGCGACCCCUUCAGCGGCGCUCCUGUUUGCAGUGGCUGUGGGGUAUGAUGCUCAGCUGGUUGCCACUUUCCAGCUCCCUGCGAGCCAACCUUCAGGAGGAGGAGCGUCAUAUGCGCAGCAGGAAAAGGAGGGGGAUAGGGAAGAGGGAGAGGAGGAGGGGGAGGGGGUGGGAGUCGGGAAGGGGUUUCUUGCCUCUCCUGAUGGCUGUCGCCUCUUCUUUGCUCGCCUCACGCUCUCUGGACAGGGGUUUCUUGCCUCUCCUGACGGCUGUCGCCUCUUCUUUGCUCGUCUCUCGCUCUGUGGCCUGGCAAUAUCGCUGCUGCGGGAGAUCACCAUCAACAACCAGGGACCACUCGCACCACCUGCAGCGGCUGGGCAUCAGGCUGGUAACCCGGUUGGUGGUAACCAGGUUGGUGGUAACCAGGUUGGUGGUGACUACCCUGGUCGUAUUGUGGGCGUGGCAGCAUGUCGAGCUAGUAAGGAGAGGGAGGGUAGUGAGACAGAAGAAGAGGAGGAGGAGGAGUACGAGGAGGAAGAGGAGGAUAUGCAAGAGGAGGAGCAGAGGGAGGGUGAAAGCGAGAGUGGGAGGGCCCAGGCUCAGGAGAUUGGUCAGGUGGAUGGGGAUAACCGAGUGGUGCUGCUGUAUCAGGAUGGGUCUCUAGUGGUGCUCGGCACCCAUCCUCCCUCUCCCUCGGCUUACACCGCAUCCGCACCUUCCCUCACUGCACCGCAAACCUCCUCCUCCUCUAGAGCAGACCAAUCUGAUGCUGCUGACACGCAUACCUCUCACCCUGCCUCAGCUGCCGCAUCUGUGCUGGUUCCGCCUCCUCUUUCUCCAGAGGAGGAACUGCAAAUCGCUGUGAAUACUCUGCUCUGCAUUGUGGAUAAAGGAGGGGCAGGCAGCAAAACAGAUGCCCCAGUAGCAGCACCAGCAGCAGCAGCUUCAGGGGGAGAAACAGGAACGGGUUCAUCUGGGGCGGUGCAAGGCGUGAGAGGGAGCAGGAGUGGCGGAGGUGGGGGGAGUGGUGGGAGCAGCGGCAGCAGAAGCGGGAGUGGGAGUGGGAGUGGGAGUGGUAGUGCUGGUGGUGGUGGGAGGAGUGCUGGUGGUGCUUCAGGGUCUGCUGCUGACGUGGCAGGGAUGAGUGACAUGGACAGUGAAACUGUGCUGCAUAAUCUCAUGGCUGAGGACGGCUUCCUGGAAGCUUCCUCCUCAAAAGGUUUCAAGAUCACCAUCACCAACACCAACUCCAGCCUUCUCCUUGUGGGAAUCCGCGUCCUAGUGGGAAUCUCUCCCUCCUCGCACACCCCCUCCUCCCUCUCUCUCUUCCACCGCUCCCUCCCCCUCGACCGCUCCUCCCGCCGCUGGUACGACCUCCCCUUCACUUCCGCCGAAUCCCUGCUGGCAGACCGCCACGUCAGCAUCCACGUGGGCCCUGCUUUUGGGGGGAAUGCGCGGGCCAGGGUGGAUGGUUUGGAGGUGUAUGGGCGGCGGAAGGAGGAAUUUGGGUGGGGGAGGGUGAAGGGGAAGGUGUUGGGGUGGUGGCAGGAGUGGAAAAGGGUCGUGGAGGAGGAGGGGAGGAGGGCGAGGGAGAGGGAGAGGGAGGUGGAGGAGGGAAGGGAGAGGAAAGGGAAGGAGGGGGAGAGGAGGGAGGGGGAGGGGGUGGAGAGGGGGAGGGAGAGCGGGGAGGAGAGGGGAGAUGGAGGGGAGGGUUUGUGUGUGGAGGAGGAGAGAGAGGAGCGAGUGGUUGGGGAUGCUUUGGCAGUGCUGACUGGGCUUUUGAGUGGUGGUGCUGGGGAGGGCUGGCAGCAGGGAGAGCAGCACGCAAUGCAGGAGUCAGAGCGACAGGCAGAACAGCAGGCAGAAGAUGGACAGAAGGGAGAGAAGGAGGAGCAGGUGGAGGGGCAGGAAGGGAAGGUGGAUCUGGGGAAGGUGCAGCUGCUGGGGGAGGAUCUGCUGAGGGAGCUACUCCAGGAGGUGUUGAGAGGAGGCCCGGAGGAGGAGGAGAAGGAGGAAGAGAGGCUGGGCAGUCUCGUGAAAGGUGGUGGUGGUGGUGGUGGUGGUGGUGGUGGUGGUGGUGGUGGUGGUGGUGGUGGUGGUGGUGGUGGUGGUGGUGGUGGUGGUGGUGGUGGUGGUGGUGGUGGUGGUGGUGGUGGUGGUGGUGGUGGUGGUGGUGGUGGUGGUGGUGGUGGUGGUGGUGGUGGUGGUGGUGGUGGUGGUGGUGGUGAUUUAGGGUUCUCCCGUGGUGGUGCUGUGGGAGAGGGGUCCAUGGCGGAGUUGCUGCUGGGCUUGUGCCGCUCGCUGCAUCCAUCGCAGUCAAAAUUUGUUCAGGUAUUCCGUCGAACUCUGUUUUGUCUUGUGAAAGGUGGUGGUGGUGGUGCUGUGGGAGGAGGGUCCAUGGCAGAGUUGCUGCUGGGCUUGUGCCGAUCGCUGCGUCCGUCCCAGGCUGAUUUCGUCCAGGCCUGCGACUCAACAGAGCUGUCUCUCGCCUUGAAGACACAGCCCAACCAUCGGGCAUGUGCUCUCCAGAGGCACAUGGACGCCAUGGCGCACAUUGCACUGCUGCGACCCUCCAGUGCCUGCGACUCAACAGAGCUGUCUCUCGCCUUGAAGGCACAGCCCAACCAGCGAGCCUAUGCACUCCAGAGGCACAUGGACGCUUUGGCGCACAUCGCACUGCUGCGACCCUCCAGCCUCCGCCACUUCCUCUCCGCCGCACCCACUACAGGCGCUUCAAGCGUCGCUCCCCUAGAAGACCUGCAUAACCGCCUUCUCUCGGUGCUUCAGGCUCCGGACGAGAGUGCUGCAGAUGGGACAGCAGAGAGGGGCGAUGACAAGGGUGCAGGCAGCAAGGGGAUGGGUGGCAAAGAUACAGGUGGCAAGGGGGGCCUCCUCCUUUCGUCUGAUCCUGCUGUUGCAGAGGCGUGCUGGACGGCUCUCUGUGCUCUCUUCCUGCCGCCGCCUCCUCUCCCGUCGCCGCCGCCACUAGCCUCCCGCCAGCCGUCCAUGCAGCAUGGAACAGCAGCAACCAACGUGGUUGACACAAGCAGCAAGCAGGCAGCAGCAGCAGCAGCAGCAGCAGGAGCAGCAGCAGGAGGAGAGGCACCCCAAAUCUUCACAUCAGAAGGUGCCCAUGUUCCUGGUGUCAACACUGGGUUUGGCACAGAUGGUGCUGCUCUUGGUGCUACAGCUGGAACUGCUGGUUUUGGGUCGUAUGUGGAGAGUGGGGUGGUGGAGGGGGAGGGCUCAGCAGAAGACAUGGAUAUAGACCAAACAGACAUGACUCAACACAUCAAUCAAAACUUUGGGCAUCAUGAGUUCGAUCAGAACAUAGACCCGCAGCUGUCGGUGGUGCAUUUCUGCUGUGAUUCCUGCGGCGUGUGCCCCAUUCAGGACGUGCGAUGGCACUGCCUCGUGUGUGACGACUUUGACCUCUGUCACGAGUGCCACCAGGCCGUUUCCGCUGCCGCUGCUUCUGGUGGCUCCUCUGCUGCUGGUGCUGCAGCUGCUGCUGCUGCUGGUGCUGGUGCUGGUGCUGGUUCUGCUGCGUCUCUCUUCCCCUUGAGCUCUCACAGCAUCUCACACCCCAUGGUCUCCAUUCCCAUCGAUCCUGCAGUGGAUGGCAUGGGGGAGGAAGGAGGAGUGGAAGGGCUUAUGGAUAGGCUUGGGUAUGGGUUUGGUGGGGAGUCUGGUGAGGAUGGUAAUGCUGGUGAGGAUGGUACCGCUGGUGAGUAUGGUACUGGGUUGGAUCCUGGUGGGUCAAUCGGUGGCUCAGGGAUUGGGGAACCAGGGGUAGAGGCACAUAGUGAGAUGGAACAGCAGGGGCAGGAGCAGGAGCAGCAGGGGGCCGAUGGGACUGAUGGGACGGACAAGAGGGAAAGCACAGGGAAUAUGGUGAAGGAUGGAGAGGAGGAGGAGGAGGAGAAAACGAAGCAGGAGAAGGCGAGGUGGGAGGAAGUGAGGAUGCAUAUGAACCACGUGGGACGGGAGGUGCUGCAGCAGCUGCUCUCCUCCUUCUCCCCUGGAUGGUCCCUCCCGCCCCAACCCACUCUCACCCCCCCCUCCUCUGAUACUUUCUGCCCUCGCUCCCCUCCCAUGCCACUGCUGCAGCUGCUCUUGCGCGUAACAGGAGCAGGGGCAGCAGGGGUGGGGCCUAUGGGGGUUGCUAUGCCAAGUGUAGGUUCUAUUGAGAAGAAGGAGAGGAAGGAGAAGAACGGAGGGGCAAGGAAGAGGAAGGAGAAGGAAACGGGUGACCUGGAAUCGCCUGGAGCCCAGCUGCUGACGUGGACGCUGACGUGGCUGGUUGAUGAGCUGGAGCACGGCUGGCGCCAGUUGUCCGGAGCGAGGGAAGGGCGUGUGGAUGCAGGUGCUGGUGGUGUUAGUGCUGACAUGGCAGCUUUGACCUGCCUCUUGGAGUUCCUUGUGCUGCUCUUCCGUACCUUGCAGUACCGUUUACAACCGCAGCAGCGGCAGCAGCAGGAGCGGGAGCAACAACAGCAACAUGGUUCCAAGUUCGGGUUACACCUCCUUCUCAGCCACUCUUCAUGCUCCGCUGCCACCAGGCUCCUCGCCCUCCUCCACUCCAUUGUUUCCUCCUGCCACCCACACGCCCCACUCACCGACACAUCUAGUUCCACCGAGACUAACCCCUCUGGGGUUAGAGGGAAGGGGAGAGAGGAGCUGCUGCAGUGGGCGCUGUGCCUUUCUGCUGAGGUGGCACCCGUAUGCCUCACAGAGAAAGGUGUACCGAGUGAGAAGGAAUUUCUGAGCGAGAAGGGAUUUGAGUCGGCUUGGCAGCCACUGCUGUGUGCGUACCUGCAGAGAGCUGCUUUAGAGGGAGUCCUGGCUCAGCCCAAAGAGCAGGAGCGGACCAAAGAGGGGGCGGUUAUAGCCCAGGUAGAUUUGGGCCGAUUUGGAGCGGUUGAGAGUGGUGGGAGUGGUGGUGGAGGGGGUGGUGAUGGUAGGAAGGCGGGGGAGGAGGGAGGGGGUGGAGCGGGAGGGAUGGGAGGGAGACAAGGGAAGUAUGUGCGGCAACUGUUGCUGCUGUCCUGUGGGGGUAAUGAGAGGGAGUGUGCGAGGAUGCAGCGUGUGUGUAAGCUUGCUGCAUACAUGCAUGGUCUUCGCUCCACUCUCCUCCGUUUCCUCGCUCUUCCUCCCUCCUCUCUUCACCUCCCAUCUCUCUCCUCUUCCCAGCUCCCAUCCCCCUCCUCUCCCCACCUCCCAUCCCCCAUCCCUCCACCUCUCCCCUACUCCAUCAAAGUCCAAUCCCUCCUCCUCCUCAACGCCACCCUCCACGUGGCGCAAUCUCAGCCGUCCACGUGGCGCUGGUACUGUGCAGGCAAGGACACGUCAGCACUACAGCUGCUGGCGGCUGUAGCAGCCGUUACAUCCUCCCCCCGCUGGGCGGCAGAGGAUGAGCCUCUUGCUGUGUGCACGCUACAGCUGGUGGCUCUUGCGUUUGACUGUGAUAGCAGCGGUAAAAGCAGCAGCAGCAGCAGCAGUAGCAAGAAAAGAAAGGGGUUUGGUGCGGUUGAUAUGGGUGCACAAGCAGCUACUCUGUUUGGCAUCUCAUUGGAUUCCCAGCAGCAGACACAGGAGCAACAGGGGCAGCGGCAGCAAGAGCAGGGGAAGGCGCAGGGACAGCAGGCAGAGAGGGGCGGCAGCAGCAGGGAUGGCGCGGCUACUGGCAUUGUUCAGUUCAUCGCCUCCUUUGUGCUCUUUGCUGCCUCUGCCAGGCUGCGAUCCCAGGGCUGCAUGGUCAUGCAGGGAGUGUGGAAACAUGCCUCUCCAUCUCUCCGCCACUCCAUCCUCUACUCCCUCCUGUCCAUCCUCCCCCACACCCCUUGUCUCGGCUCCCACGCCCUCAGCUUCUCCCGCCUCCUCCUCUCGCUCCUCGCUGACCUGGCGUCCAGUCAGCAGCCAGCUGGCACCGCUGACGUGGCAGCACGAGCAGCAGCCGUGCUGCUGACGCAGCUGGCGCAGCAGAGUCAAGCGGUGGCCAACCAUCCGAGCGCAUCACUCAACUCUGCCUUGCAUAGACUCCUGGGCCCUGAGAGCGACGGAACAAUUGCUGCUGCUGCUGCUGCUGCUGGUACUGGUGGUGGGGGCAGUGGUGGGGGUAGUAGUGGUGCUGGCAGUGGCGGUAGGUCAGGUGCAGCAGGAACAGGAGCAGCAGGAGGAGCAGGAGCAGGAGCAGGAGGAGGGGGAAAAGGAGGAGGAGGAGGCAGGGGGUCGGUGUGGGGAAAGGCAGAUGGGGAGCUGUGUGCGGUGUGUGCGUAUCCCGAGGCGGUGUGGGGGAGUGUGAGGAUGGAGAGUGUGCGGCAGGAGGUGCGCUUCUCCGACUGCCGCAUCUUUCUGCGCCUCACAGAGCCGCAUCUCAUCAAGGGGGGGCAGGAGAUGCGCUUCUCCGACUGCCGCAUCUUCCUGCGCCUCACCGAGCCGCACCUCAUCAAGGGGUUCACCAUGAUGGUGCACGAUUCAAGGAGGGGUCGCUCCGUGAAGGAUCUUCGCCUGCUGGGGAGCAACAGUGCCGCCUGCGACCUGCAGCAGAUCAAGACCGCUACAGACGAGCUCUGCCGCCCGAUCGCUCGCUGCCAGCUGGCGGCCGACCAGCCGGAGAUCCGCGUGGAGCUGCCUCUGCCCGUGGCGCUGCGCUUCGUCGUCGUGGAAUUUGCUUCCUUUCAUGAGAAUCACCCAUCGUCCUCGUCGUCGUCUCGCGAGUCGCUGCAGUGUCCGCGGUGUAACCGCGUGGUAACGAGCCGGCACGGCAUGUGCACGGUGUGCCAUGAGAACGCCUUUCAGUGCCGCCAGUGCCGCUCCAUCAACUAUGACAACCUCCACGCCUUCCUCUGCCCGCAAUGCGGCCACUGUAGGUACGGUCGGUUCGAUUUCGCGCUGCAAGCACACCCCUGCCCCUCCUCCAUAGACCCGAUCCUCUCCGAGGAAGCUUCCAAGAAGGUCGCUGCAGCAUUGGAGGCUGAGGCUGAGUCAGCAACUCGGCUCCGUCAGCAGCUGCAGGCUCUGCGCCGGCCAAUCGCGCGCCUCGUUUCGUCAAUCCUGGACGAUGAUGCAGCUGCUGACCAGCAGCAGGCGGAGCAGAAGGCAGUGGUGCAGCAAGAGGGGCAGGGGGAGGAGGAGGGGGAGGAGCAGGAGGACAGGGAGGAGGCUCGGGAGGAGCAGGAGGAGGAGGAGGAGGAGGAGGAGGAGGAGGAGGAGGAGGAGGAGGAGGAGGAGGAGGAGGAGGAGGAGGAGGAGGAGGAGGAGGAGGAGGAGGAGGAGGAGGAGGAGGAGGAGGAGGAGGAGGGGCAGCAGGAAGUGGGCUUCUGGAUUUCGACCUGGGGGGCAGGAGCAUCAGGCAUACCAGCAGCAUUGGGGACAUCAGGGAGAGCAGCGGGCGGAGGGACAGCAUCAGCAGCAGCUGCAGCGUCGGCUGCAGCGGCGGCGGCAGCAGGAGAGGAGAUGCUGCUGCAGCUGCUGGAAGCGUUCCCGCCCCUCUCUGCUGCUGGAUCAGGUACUGGUAAUUUGUCCAGCACUGGUACUGCUGGUGGUGGCAGCGGCGGCGGUAGUACUGGUGGUGCCGGUGCUGGUGGUGCGGGUGGUGACUCUUCCCUGUUCUCUACCACUGGUGGCCUCCCUCUUUCCUCCUCAUCUAUCGCAGCAGCCACGGCAGCAGCCGCUCAGGCGCACGUGAGCCGUCGGAUCGCGAUCCUGGGCGCGCUGUACGCUGACAAGUGUCGCACCGUGCACCGCGGGCUGGCCACGUCAGCAGAGAGGAUGGGCGCGCUACAGAUGGCCCUGGCUGAAUACCACCUGCUCGUGGGGCAGCAGAGGAGGAGCCGCCGCAAGCAGCAGCACCUGCAGCUCCAGCUGCAAUCAUAUCAUGAUCAGCAACAGCAGCAGGAGGAGAAGCAGUGGCGGCGGCAGCAGCAAGGCUUUGGUUAUGAGGAGGCGAGCAGGGGGUUGGGUAGCAGCGGCAGUGGUGCCGGGGUGUGUUUGGAUUGUAGCAGCACUUUUGUCGGGUUCUGCCUUCAGUGGUUGGAGGCCCUCCUCCCCAUCCCAGCAGCCCCCUCCGCCCUCCUCUCUCUCUCCGCCAUCCCCACCAUCUUCUCCUCCUCUCUCCUCUCUGGGCCCUCCUCCUCCCGCUCUCGUGCACGCCACCUCUUGACCCGCCUCGCACUCACCUCCCCUGUCGCCUUGCACAAUCUACUGGAUCUAAUCGAAUCUAAGGUCUCUGCUGCAGUGGGCGGCUAUCUGCUUGCUGACGUGGCGCCAGCUGUCAAGGACCCGCUGCUGCUCCUUGCUGACCUGUCUUCGUCUCCAUCUGAGUCAGACUCGAGCUCGUCGGAAUCUGCCAUUUCAUCUCCUUCCAGGAAGCUUCUAUGUUUGCAACUGGCUACUCGUCUGUUCUUCCAGGCCUUCGCCACCACCCAUCUGCACCCCUCUGUAUCGGACCAUGUGCUGCUGCCCACCCUCCGUAUAGUCACCUCCUCUUGCAAGCACGCUGCUGUAGAGGGGCCAGAGAGGCAGACUGAGGCGACUUCUCAGACUGAAGGAGAUUCGUUACGGAGUGGGGACGGAAUAUCAGGGAGUGCAAAUAGCAGUAGCAGUGGUACCAGUGGUACUGCUUCAGAGGUUGACCCUAAGCCGCCCGCAAUCUGCAAGUUUGCCGCCCGCUGGCGUAAUCGGACGCGGGAGCGGAGCGCUCUGGAUGGCAGGCUUCGGCUGCUAGUGCGCUCUCUCGGCAGCUGGUGUUUCGGCAGCAAGCAUCUCUUCGCCCAGCCUGGAAAAGAUCACCUCACUGCAGAUUUGAUCGCCAGCUGUCGCUCGCCGCCCGGUCUCCGAUCAGAGAUCUGCGAUCUGCUCGAGUUGCUGGCAGGGGUGGCCCCUCGAUACAAUCACGCUUUCCGUCCCUAUUCAUACUCAUCAGCAGCCCAGGAAAGCCUCUCCCCCCUCCGACCCCCCCCGGGCACGGCUGCUCGUGCUCUCUCUUCCUCCUCUUCCUCUCGUCCUGCUUCCAUCCGUUCCUCCUCUCACCAACCCUCGGUAGACCAGCCGAGCGUACAGCAUUCGUCUCUGCUCUUCCUAGCAGCCCGAGGCCUCCUCCCUGCCCUCACCUCCUUCAUCUCUCACUCCGUUUCCCACCUGCAAGCACAAGAAUCCCGAGCCAUGGCCCCGCUCCUUGCUCUCUCCUCCUUCUCCUUCUCACUCUCGCCUUUUGCUGCCUCCUCGGCUGCCGCUGCUGCCCCUGCUGCCUCUGCCUCGGCGGCGUAUCCCAUCCUGCAAGCCAUUCGGCUGCUGCAGCAGGCCCUGCAGCAUUCCAAGCUGCUGGGCCUCUUCUUUCAACCAGCUCGCGGGAGCAGCAGCAGGAUUGCUGGCGCCAAUACCAGCCAAAGCACCAGCAGCAGCAGCAGCAGCAGCAGCAGCUUUAGCAGGUGUUUGGUGCAGGCAGUGCGAGCAUUGGUAGGGCUGCAGGGAUUGGUGGUGACGAGAACCCAACUGGUGGUGGAGUGUCAGCAGCAGCUCUCUCUGCUGCUGCAGGGACUCGUGACAGAAGCCGAAGGGGAGAGAGCGGAAGGGAUGGGGCGUGAGGAGGGGUGUGAGACGAGCGAUGGGAGGAGGAGAGCGUUUGUGGCGGCGUGUGUGGAGGUGCUGGGGGAAUUGGUGCUGGUGGAGGAAGGGGCGGUGCAAGAUGCUGCUCUGUGUGACUCUUGGAGGGCGAUAACUUUCCUUCUCCAGCAUCUCUGCAACACCAUCUGCCCCACACGCCCCGAGCCCGAGUACGAGAUGCUACUCAUCAAGGCAGCGACACAGGAGGAGUUCCUCCCAGGGCGCCUGCAGCACAACCCCUACUCCUCCAAGCAGGUCGGCCCUCUAAUGAGAGACGUCAAGAAUCUCAUUUGUAAGGAGCUGGAGCUGCACGGGCUGAUGGACGAUGAUUAUGGCAUGGAGCUGCUGGUUGAAGGGCAGAUCUGCUCCCUGGGGCUGUCUGUGCGGGCCGUGUACGAACAAGUGUGGAAGCAGAGAGGAGCCAUGAGUGUUAUUUUCAGACUGCAGGGCUUGGAUGGAGAGGCGACAGAGCCGAUAGUGAAGGAGCUGGAGGAGGGAGGGGAGGAAGCCACUGACCCUGAAAAGGAGUUCGCUGCUGCUGCUGCCCUGGUGCCUGUCAGUCGUGCUGCUUCUGCUCUUCGUGCCUAUAAUGUACUUCACACAAGGAGACUUGUGGGGGGUGAAACAGAGGAUAGGGCUGCAGCAGGAAAAGAGAGGGAGGAGGGGGGUGAGGAGGGAGGUGAAAUGGGCAGCCCAGACGGUUUGCUGCUGCUGCUGAGGCUGUUAGAGGAGGUGGCAGAUGAGGAGUUAGCGAGUGGGGAGGAUGACGUGGCAGACCUCCUGAAGCUGCUGCACACCGCGUGCCUGCUGCGGACCAAUCGCGUGCAUCUGCUGCGCUCCCACGCGCUGCCACGUCUGCUCGACCGCGCCACUCGUGCAGCUCUGUAUGCGCACGGCGUUGCCACGUCAGCGCUGGGAGGAGGCUCGGCGGCAGGCUCUGCCGGGGCGGCGGGUGGUGCGGCAGCCUCCCAAGCCUCGCUGGCAGGUUCGGCGGAAGCUGCAGCUGACACCUUGCUUCGGAUUGUGGAUCUGCUGAUGGUGGAAGGUGGUGAGGGUGGCGGCAUGGGGGCCGAAAGAGGUGCGGGCACUGCAACAGCAGAGAAGGAAGAAUAUUGCCAGGAUGAGAAGGAUGAGAAGUAUGAAGGAUCGGGGCGGGGAGAAGAAGCAGUGAGAGUUUUCCUCGAGAAGCUUACUGCUGCAUCGCUCUCCCAGGCUGCUUCUGGGGUAGGCUUAUCUGGCCCAGGCGUGUUUACAGCAGGAGGAGCAGGGGGAGGUGGAGGAGGUGGAGGAGCAGGAGGAGGAGCAGGUGGAGGGAAGAAGAAGAAGAGGGAUUUUUCGGAGAGUGUGGCUCGGAUUUUGCCGUAUAUGACGUAUGGGGAGGGCAGGGCUAUGGGGGUUCUGGUGGAUCAUUUUUGCCCCCUGCUGCUGGAUUGGGCUGGGUUUGAUCGGUUGGUGGGGGAGUUGAGAGGGGUGGAGAAGGAUGGGGAUGGGUUGGAGAGUGUUACAGAAAGCGGGAGGGAGGAGAGUGAGGGUGGAGAGAAGAAAGAGGGGGGAAGAAGGGACGUGGAGGAGGAGAAGGAAGGGGGGAGUAGUGGAGGUGGGGAGACGGGGAGUGGAAAGGAGGGGGGUGAGGAGGAGAGUGAGGAGGAGAGGAGGAGGAAGGCAGUGCACUGGUGGCAGAUGGCGGGGCAUUUCGAGCGGCUGGUGGGAGCAAUCAGGCUGGACGGCAGUGGGCUGAGGCUGCGCGCUCUCAUCCUGGAGAGGGGGAUUCCGCAAGCUGCUGUGCGCCAUCUGCUCGCGUCCUUCCCCCCCACCGCCCUCUGCCCCACCUCCGACCUCUCUGAUCUCCGCCCCCUCCCCGCCUGGCAACACGCGCUCGCCCUGCCCUCCCUGCCCCUGCUCCUGGGUCUGCUGCUCGGCCUGUGCCGCGGCCAUCCCCCCACACAACGAGUCCUGCUGGGCACCGGUGGGGGGAAGGGGGUGGCGGACGCUGGUGGUGGAGAGGAGGUGGAAACGGGUGGGGAGGAGGGGAGGGUGGGCGGGGAGAAGGUGGAGCAGGGUGCGGAAAACGGGGUGGUGGGGGCAGAGAAGGGGGUGUUACCACUGCUGCUGCUGCUGGAGGGGGUGGUGGGGUAUGAUGGGCUGGGAGCGAGGGCUGAAGCGCUGCUAGAGGUGCUGAGCGGUGGAGAGGAUUCGGGAGAGGUUGGCGAGCAAGGGGAGGGAGGGAAGGAGGAGGGGAGAGGAGAUGGGGUGGAUGAGGAGGUUCGGUUGGCAGUGGAGACUCUAAGGGCAGCAGCAAAGGAGAGGAGGAGAGAGAAGGCAAUGCGACGACGCAUGGAGCUGAUGAAGAGCAUGGGGGUUAAAUCCCAGCUGGCUCCUACUGGGAGCCACCGCAUCGUGCUGACAUCAGCAAAACCGUCAGUAUCUCGGGAAGGCGCAACCAGUGCAGGCCCCACGUCCACUGUAGGUGCAGGCAGGUCGGGGGAUGAACUUGAGGAAGAGAAGGAGGUAGUGGAGGAGGAAAAGGAGAAGGGAGAAGAGGGAGAGGAGGGAGAAGAGGAGGAGGCUAGCGACGCAGGUGCCUCUGCUCUGCUCUCAUCUGCUUUCCCUUUCAAUGCACGAGAUCUACAGCUUCGCCGCCCCAUCGCGCUGCCUCCUGCAAUGCGUGCGCUGCGCUGCAUGGUGUGCCACGAGGGCUACCGCCUGCGUCCCAACGAGCUAAUUGGAGCCUACACCUUCUCCAGACGCUUCUCCGACCUCUCCACUUGGAGCCUGACAUCCACGACAAGCAGGGUGGCCGUGAACUGGUCUAUCUCAACGGUCUCUCAUUUCAACACCAUCCACUUCUCCUGCCACGACCGGGCCAAGCGUGCCGAUUCCGCCCUCAAGCUGCCCAAGCGCGAGUGGGACGGCGCAGCCCUCAGGAACGGAGGAACCCUCUGCAAUGCCCUCUUCCCUCUGCGGGGCCCUCAGGUCUCCCCUGCAGUGUAUGCCCGCGGGCUGGUUUCCUGGUGGGAAAGCGUCCUCUCCCUGAGCCACGUGGACGGUUCUCGCUUCCUCGUGCUCCUCCUUACACGCACUUCCCUCCCCAUCCCUGCGUUCCCACCCCAACAGGUAUCCUCAGCAGUGUACGCCCGUGGGCUGGAUUCCUGGUGGGAGAGCGUUGCAAACCUCGGCCACGUGGACGGCUCUCGCUUCCUCGUCUUACUCCGGGACCUCCGCACGCUCGUCGCGCGCUUCGUGCUCGCAGCCAGCUUCAGCACUGACUGCCACGGGGGCGGGCGCGAGAGCAAUGCGCGCUUCCUCCCCUUCCAGCUGCACAUGCUGCUGCACCUCUCCUCCUCCGCCUCCUCUUCCCAGCGACACUCCCUCGACUCCUCCCUAUCUGCCCUGCUCGACCUUGCCUCUCAGUUACAAUCCAGGCUUCCCUCUUCUCUUUCCUCCAUCUUCCCCUGUUCAUCACCUUCGACUUCAACAGUCGCAGGGGGGAUGGGCGGCAGUGUGUGCGAUGCCAUGCUGGCAACUGUGCUGACGUGGCCCCUGCACAAGUGGCAGCGAUCGCGCCACCUGUUCCUGCUGCUGGCAGUGCAUGAAGCAGCACGGGCACAUGUGCCUUCCCCAUCCGCCGAGCCGUCCGAUGCUUCUCGCGUGGCAACAACGGUGGCAGGCAAAGCCGUCGCCGCCGUGCUAGCUGCUAUUCAGGUGCUUGCGCCAGUGUCCGCCGCGUUCGUUCCCAUACUGGCGCAGCCGCCACCCGCGGAAGCCAUCCUGCUCUCCCCGGACACCAAGGUCCCGCGCAAUGCUGACGUGGCGCUCCGCCGCGCCGUGCCAGUUGUCAACGAGGCAGUCAGGAAGAUCCAAGAUGAGCUGGAGGAGAUCACAACGCUCAUGCGCAUCCCACAGAAGAAGCCAUACAAGACAAUGGCAGCCAACGUGAAUAAGGCAGUCAAGUUGGCGGAGGCCAAUCAAGCAGCGAUUCUAGAUGCUGUGCCUGCUGCCGACAGGGAGAGGGCUGCAGCCAUUUACAACGACCUUGUCAAAUCCAAGAGCGGUUUCCCCGGCCUCCUAGCAGCGAUAGAGGACAAGGACCCUGACCGUGUCUCCAUCCGCCUCGCCUCCUCCCUCAACGACGUGGCUAAUCUCUCGCUGCUGCAAGCCACAGGGCUCCAGUUCCUCAUCCCCAACCAAUACGCCAGCCUCCCGCGGCUAACAGGCCGGGCAACAGUGGAGUUUGCAGUGUUAAAGGCGGAUGGUUCCUACUUCUCCCUUGAUAACGGAGCCACCUCUGCUCUCACAGGCGUGCUGCAGGUGGUUCUGGACGGUUAUUCUGCUCCUCUCACAGCCGGAAACUUUGCUCAGCUGGUAUCCCGCCGCGCAUAUGACGGAGUGGCAGUGAAAGCCACUGACCUCGCCGUCCUAUCCGACGCUCGAGAUCCCUCUGCCGGCCGGGACGUGCCUCUUGAGAUCAUGCCAGCUGGCGAGUUCCAGCCCAUCUACCGCACACCGCUGGACGUGCAGGACGGUGAGCUCCCAGUGCUGCCCAUGUCAGUGUUCGGGGCAAUGGUCAUGGCCCACUCUCCAGAGAGUGACUCCUUCAGCCAUCCCUCGCAGUUCUUCCUCUACAAAUACGACAAGAGACGGUCUGGGUUGGGUGGACUUGCCUUUGACGAGGGCCAAUUCUCAGUUUUCGGGUAUGUGACAAAGGGUAGGGAUGUCCUCGUACAUUCCUUCACUACACAACCCUUUCUUCCACCCCCCCACUCCCCCUCCAACCCCCUCCAUCCCUCUCCACCCCCCUCCACUGCUCUCCAUCCCCCUCCACCGCUCUCCAUCCCCCUCCAUCAGAUCGAGUUGGAGCAGUACCCCACGGGACCUCACAUAGCCUCUCGCAUGCUCUAUGAGAUCCACACGCGCUUUGAUGAUGUGGAGGGGCGUACAGUGCUUGACCUCGGCUGUGGGUGCGGCACCCUAGGGAUUGCCGCAGCAAUGCUGGGAGCAGAGUAUGUGGUGGGAGUGGACGCGGAUGACUCAGCCAUUGGCACAGCACAGGCCAACUGUCAAGAGUAUGAGUUAAGCCUCUGCCUCCCUCCCUCCUCGGCUCCCUCCUUCCUCUGCCCCCCUCCCUCCUCUGCCUCCCUUCCCCCUCGGCCUCCCUCCUUCCUCUGCCCCCCUCCCUCCUCUGCCUCCCUCCCUCCUUGGCCUCCCUCCUCUCCCCCCUGUUUUGUCCUUGUUCCUCACCGCCCUGAGGGUGGCUCAGUUGAGGUGGUGGUGAUGAAUCCGCCCUUUGGCACGAGAACCAAGGGUGCUGACAUGCUCUUCUUAGCAGCAGGGCUCAAG